CCCGCCCAGCUUCACUCCUCCUCCGUGAGUUCAUCAACAAACCACCACCCGCAAAAAGCAUAAAACCACCUCCACCCUCCGCUUACCACCAUCAUCCGCCACGGCCACGACUCACUGUGGUAACGUCCUCCGAACAACCGCCCAUACACGUGUGCCACCCCGCCAUUUUCACACAAACCCUUCUCAAAUACUAUUCCCCUGAAAACGAAGCGUGUUUUCAGGGGAAUCCGGUUCCGUCCAGAAAUGAACUAUCAUCAAAUUUCAAUUACGAAUCCUGCUAUUAAUCGCUAAAUUCCAACUGAUGUGCGUAAGCGCAUUUUGUUGAAGCGGUAUCUUGCAUCAUCAUCAUUAACAACACUGCCAGGUUGCAAUCGAACGUCAACACGAAUUGACACGACGAUGCUGCGUGUUCUCAUAUCGGAUUCCACUUGUCACGUUGAUCCACCGCCCCAGAAUGCCUUUAUUAGACAAGUGAUAAGAUGCGUCUACCCAAAACCCCCACCUCUUUAAUCUGUUUAUAUCUUCUCUACCCUUCGCAUUCCAGUUUUCCCCAAUUUGGUUCUUCAAUUGCCGAUUUAGGUUUUUCUCCUUCUUAAAACUUCCGCACUGCCAAAAGGAUCUGUAACUAGGAGCAAGUUGUGAAAUGGAUGGCUACAGCGCAGAUGGAGUUAUGUCAGGGAUACAAGGAACUAAUGGCUGUGGAGAUGCUCAGUUUCCAGGCUUAUGGUCAUCGCCUGAAGGAAGGCAAAACAUUGACAUAGGCAAACAGAUUUUCUGUAACAGUGCUGUGAAUAUGAAAAAUAUAGUUGCUGUUGGCUUUGAUAUGGACUAUACCUUGGCACAGUACAAGGCUGACACUUUUGAGUCCCUUGCAUAUGAUGGUACAGUUGAAAAGCUAGUAAGCAACUUGGGAUACCCUGCAGAGUUACUGAAAUGGUCUUUUGAUUGGACAUACAUGGUCAGAGGACUGGUUCUUGAUAAAAAGAGAGGAAAUAUACUGAAGAUGGACAGGCACAAAUAUGUGAAAGUAGCCUAUCAUGGAUUUAGGCUGAUAUCAAAGAAUGAAAAGGUUUCUACAUAUGGGAAUAGCUUUGUCCGAGAUGCAUUUGAUGGGCCUGACUAUGCACAUAUUGAUACCCUUUUCUCUCUAGCUGAAGCUUAUUUAUUUGCUCAGCUGGUUGACUUCAAGGAUAAUAACCCAGGGAAAAUACCAGAAGAAAAAGACUACUCUCAUCUGUAUAACGAUGUCCGCUCUGCUGUUGAUAUGUGCCAUCGUGAUGGAACUUUGAAGACAUUGGUUGCAAAAGAUAUAAAAAAGUAUAUCAAUGAGGACAACUCGAUAGUCCCGAUGCUCAAAAUGCUUAAAACUUCUGGUCGUGCUGUAUUCUUGGUGACAAACAGCCUCUGGGAUUACACAAAUGUUGUUAUGAAUUUUGUUUGUGGGACCCAGACGAAGAACGGUGACUCCUCUCCAAGUCUUGAUUGGCUCCAGCAUUUUGACUUUGUCAUCACUGGCAGUGCGAAACCAGGGUUUUUCCAUGAUGUAAACCGUGCUAAUCUUUUUGCUGUUGAGACGGAGUCAGGGAAGCUUAUCAAUACUGAUAAUGGCACUCCACUUGCUCAGGUGGGGUGCCCUGAUCUAGAUCUGCCAGAUCACAUCCCGAAGCAAUGCAAGGUUUUUCAGGGAGGCAAUGUGGGGCAUCUCCAUAAACUACUCAAUGUUGGCUCAAGCUCACAGGUUCUUUAUGUUGGAGAUCAUAUCUAUGGGGAUAUCUUACGCAGCAAAAAAAUUCUUGGCUGGAGGACAAUGCUUGUUGUUCCAGAACUUGAAAAGGAGGUUCAAGUUCUGGCAUCCUCACGUGACACUCGAAAGAAACUGCAACUGCUUAGGAGUGAGAGAGAUCAGAUUGAAGACCAGACUCAUCAUUUGAAGUGGUCCCUCGAGCAUGAGAAUCUGGAUGUUGGUGAAAAGGAAAAGAUCAGUGCAAAGCUUGAGGUGCUUGAGGGGCAGCGGGCACGUGUCCGGGCAGCUCAUCAAGAGUCUCAAAGGAUCUUCCACCAGAAGUUUCAUCCGGUGUGGGGCCAGCUGAUGAAAACAGGGUACCAAAACUCCCGCUUUGCACACCAGGUGGAGCGUUUUGCUUGUCUGUACACAAGUCAGGUGGGAAAUCUGGGGCUGUACUCCCCUGCAAAAUACUAUAGGCCUAGUGAGGACUUUAUGCCUCAUGAGGCCGACAUUCUCUGAUGCUUUUUCAGUUUCAUGUUUGAUGAAUAAGUAAAGUCUGUUUGUUGGGGUGUUUAUGUUUAUGAUGUUAAGUAAGUAUGGUUGUUGUAGCAACCGAGACGAUGGAUGAUAUGCUGUUGUGUUGUGUCUUUUUGGAGGUUUUACGUACUCUUAUGUUAUGUUGUGAAAUAAUAAUACUCGCAGACUUUCUCA